AUGGACCAAAGCAAAGAGGUUAUUCUCAAAGAACGUCCGCCGAUGCUGGACAUGUUGACGUACGCCACAUACAUGUAUGGGUUGAAAGCCAUGCUGAGCCCGAUGCUUUGGUUGAGGGAGUGGAGUGAAGCUCGGAAUCCCCCUGAGGGGUGCCCGGAUGUGGUCAAGACGUAUCCGUGUCGGCCGAGUUUGCCUAUUCGUGUCUUCCUCCCCGCCUCCUACGCCCGCGCAAACAAGAACACACCCCCAACCGACCUCCCCCCCCUCCCAACCCUCUUCACAAUCCACGGAGGCGGCUUCUGCAUCGGCCACCAGCGCGACGACGACGAAUGGAACCGCGCCUUCGCCAACUCCCACACCGUCCUCGUCAUCUCCCUCAACUAUCGCAAAGCCCCCGCCCACCCCUUUCCCACGGCCCUUUAUGAUCUCGAAGCCCUCUACCUCGCUGCCCUCGACGACCCUACCCUUCCCAUCGACCGCCGCCCGGUCCCAUCCCCCCCAUCCAACAAAGCCACAGGGAGAGCAGGAAAAAAAAGAACACGCACCGCCCUCCUAGGCUUCUCAGCAGGCGCCAACCUAUCCCUCUCUCUCUCCCUCCUCCCCUCUGUCCAAACCCACCCCCUGGGCCUCCCCCUCGCCGCCCUCUCCAUCUACGGCCACCUCGACCUAACCUACCCCCCGUCCCAAAAACUCCCCAACCGCCCCUACAAACCCUCUCCUCACCUCCCCUUACCGCGCGGCACCCCCCGCAAUCAUGACGUGUUGUUGGGUCUGGCGGAGGCGUUUGAAUGGGCUUAUGUACCGUAUGGAACGGAUUUGGGGGAUCCGUUGGUUAGUCCCGGCGCUUCCGCACCGCCGGCGUCGUCGAGUGGGAAAGGGAAAGAGGAGAGGGGGGGAUUGCCGCCGUUUGUGGGGGUUGUGGGGGCCGAGUUGGAUAUGCUGGCGCAUGAGGGGUGGAGGUUGGCGUGUAGGUUGUCGAGAGAGAGGAACGGGAAGAGGGUGGUGCCGGAUAGGGAGAGUGGGGAGGUGAGGUGGAGGGUUUGUGGGAGUGCUGGAUUGGCGGCGAUGGCGAGUCGGAGGGGGGAGUUGGUUGGGUUGGGGCCGGGGCAGGAGGAUGAGAGGUUUGCGUUUGAGGAGGAGUGGGGUGGGGAGGAUGGAGAGGAGAGAGGGGGGGUCAAGUGGUUGUUGGUGCCGGAUGUGAUGCAUGGGUUUGAUAAUGUGCAUAUUCGUUCGGUUGUUGGGGGGAUGGAGACGAUGAGGGAUGCGGAGCUGAAGACGAAGGCGUAUAUGAAGGAGAUUGGGAGGUGGUUGAAGGAGGUUGUGUGGAGGGUUUAA